AAGGACAGUUUUAUUAAGUGGUGGGAUUUGGACACUCAGCACUGCUUCAAGACCAUGGUGGACCAUCGCAGUGAGGUGUGGGGCAUGUUGCUGUUGAACCAGGAGAACAGACUGCUAACGGGCUCUGCUGACAGCGAGCUUCGAGCCUGGGACAUGAGCUUCCUGGAGGAGGAGAAAGCUGAAGGUGAGCCCAAAGUGAAGAAGGAAAAAAUACUGCUGGACGACAAUGAUGAUGGUGAAGAGGACCAUGAGAAAGGAGAUGAAGAUGAACGUCUUGAAGAGCGUAUUUUGAGCUGUAAGAAGGCCGGCUCCAUCCUGAGAGAAACCCGAGAUCGAGUCGUCUCGUUAACAUCGGACUCCAAGGCCCAAGUUCUCGCCUGUCAUGUGAGCGUUAAAUGCUGA